AUGAACGAGAGACAGGCGAACACCAGGAGAUUAAAUGCACUGCCCCUUGAGAAAAUUCUUGAGGAACUUCAGUUCUGGGUCAGCGGUGAUGGAAUUACCCCGCGGGAGAUGAUGGAACCGAACCGAAGAACCUUCAGCACUUGCUGGCACGGUCCUCAGGGCAAGGCAUUCCUACUCGACCAGGUCAUUUUGUGGGGUACGGAAGGCCCUGGAAUGUACACAUUCACUCCCGGUCAUCAACCUCAGGUCAUGAAACCCCCAUACCUCGCCGUGGCCAUCUACCACCCCCGCUACGGCAACUUUCAGCACUGGGCCCUCCAUCUCCACUCAGAUACUGAAGACCUCAUCUUCGAAGUCGAUGGCGAGCAUCCCAGCUUCCAAAAGAUGGUGUCCAAUGGGCUUCCGUCCGAUAACCUGGGUUUCAUCGAGUCAAUCUUUGUAUGUCAGAUCGGCAGCCCCGAUACCCCGACCGUGAAGGACGUUGUCGACGCUACGCCCGUGGACAAUGAGACCCUUGAGUGGGACUGUCAGGACUACGUGCUAGAAAUACUCGAGGGAUGUGAGAAGGAAGCGGUGCUGGAGGAUGAGGAUGCCGAUUAUGCAGAGGCCAUGGAGAUCCUACGAAGCAGACGGGGGCCGAUCCUUUAG